GCGCGCGGAGGCCUGCCCCGCCCCCUGUCUUCCGCUCUCCUGUUCAGCAGAAGCUGCUGGGUUCUCCACCGAAUCUCUACCUUGUGGAUUUGGAGCCAUCGUCCAGUUGCGAUGCCGCGUGGAAGCCGAAGCCGGACCUCCCGCAUGGCCCCUCCGGCCAGCCGGGCACCUCAGAUGAGACCUGUGCCCAGGCCAGGACCAGCAACUCAGCCGCCAGCAGCAGCUCCACCAUCUGCUGUUGGCUCACCUGCUCCGGCACCCCGGCAGCCAGGUCUGAUGGCCCAGAUGGCAACCACUGCGGCUGGUGUGGCUGUGGGCUCUGCUGUUGGCCACACAUUAAGUCAUGCCAUCACUGGGGGCUUCAGUGGAGGAAGUAAUGCUGAGCCUGCAAGGCCUGACAUCACUUACCAGGUAAGAUUUUGGGCAGCGUUUCCCUUCAGUGGUGUAUUUUAUGAGAAAACCUAGUUAUUUGUAAGCCCC